GACCUCUUUCAAAAAAAAUCUAGCAGUCACGGUCUAUUUAAAUUUUUCUUUUUUGGCUUUGUCUUCUUAUUUAUUCCUUCAAAUGCCUGCUCCACUUAUAUCACUAGCAGAAAGAUCUUAUAUUGAACAAGGUGUUGAGCAAGACUGUCGUGCUGAUGGCCGUUCAAGACUUGAAUAUCGUCAUGUUGUUAUGGAAAGUGGACUUUUAUCACAAGCAAGUGGCAGUGCGCGUUGCCGUUUAGGUGAUAGCGAUGUUCUUGUAGGUGUCAAGGUAGAAAUCGGCGAAGUUGAACAAGCAAAGCCUAAUCAAGGACGCGUUGUCUGUAAUGUCGAAUGUUCUCCUAGUGCUUCACAACAAUUUGAAGGACGUGGUGCUGAUGAAAUCAACAACACAUUGACACUUGCACUUGACAGACUUUUCAAUGGCACACAGAGCGGACUUGAUCUUGAAAGUCUAUGUAUUAUUCCUGGUCAACAAUGUUGGAUUAUAUAUAUUGAUGCCAUGGUCAUGGAUGCUGCUGGUAACUUAUUAGACUGUAUUGUGAUGACGACACGCGCUGCUUUAUAUAAUACCCGUAUUCCCAAGACAGAAAUUGAAGAUCUAGGGGAUGGCGAUUUCGAAUUUGAAGUAAUGGAUGACGUGGAAGAUGCUGAACCCAUUAAAGGAUGGGAAAACUUACCCAUCUCAGUCACACUAUACAAGAUUGCCAACAGAUAUAUUAUUGACCCUACUGUUCUGGAAGAGUUAUGCUCAGAAGCAACUCUUAUUGUAGGUGUUAAUAAGGAUGGUCUUGUAUGUGGUAUUCAAAAGGGACAAGUGGGAAGCAUUGAUCCUAGUUUACUGAACGAAAUGAUUGGUACAGCAACUGCUUUGGCAAAACCUUUGAUAGAACGCAUUGAUGCAAAGCUUUUACAAGACGAACAAGCAGUGCAGGACAAGAAGAGAAAGGGAGAGCAUGUAGAAACACUUGGUUUCUUUGCUGCUGUUAUUUAAACUAUAUACAUGUAAAUAUGAUAAUAAAAAGAAAAGUUUUCUAAGAGCAAAGUUUUAUUG